UUGCGUAUAGUAUGUUCUAAAACACGUGAUGGCGGUAUUGUACCGUGUACACAUUUCGAUACUAUUUGAUAUGUACAACGUAUAACAAUGCUGUACCACAUUCUUGUUAAUGAAAUGUUUACUUUGUGAUUUGUUAAACAAGAUUUUAUAAUAUAUUUGCAUUUUCCUAUUAAAUAUGAUACUUUUACGAUCAUACGUCGUUUUACGUCUUGCACGCUGCAAGACCAGUGAAAUAACAAAUUUUAUUUCCCGAAAUAUCUCAAGAAGUUCACAACUUGCUUUGUGCACUCCAAAUUAUGCUUUAAAACAUGAAGAGACAGAAAAGAUUCUUAGUAAAUCGGACUUAAAAAUUACCACUUGCAAUGAUACAGGUUAUGUUGAAAGAAUAACAAGUGACGAUUCCAUAAAAAAUAAUGCCCACAGUAUUGAUAUUUUAAAUCCAGAUACAUCUAAAUUGAGCGAUGCUUUGGAGGAUAUAGAUAUAAAACUACCAGGACCAUUAGAUCCUUGUGAUGAAGAUCUUUCUCACAUUGGACCUAAUAUCACUCCAACUUACAAUUUUGCAAAAUUUGCAGAUAAAUCAAAUACACUUCAGCAAUUGGUAAAAUUAGGAGUUGAGUUAUAUAAAUUAGAACGUGAUAGAGAUGUAGUAGAAAUGUUUCUGUCUCUUGAUUUUGAUAAGGACAUAAAACCAUAUAUACAGUUUUUACAUGAUUGUGGUGUAAGUCCUGAAAAUCUUGGUUACUUCAUUACCAGAAAUCCAAAAAUCUUCAAAGAGGAUAUGGAUGAUCUUCACACAAGGAUAAGAUAUUUAAGAGCUCAUAAAUUUACACCAGAGAAAAUCAGUUUAAUAAUAAAUAAGCAUCCUCCUUGGUUGUCUUUUACGACAAAAGAUAUUGAUUACAGAUUAGGUCAUUUUCAAAGUGCAUAUAAACUAACAGGUUCUGAAAUAAGACAUUUAGCUACAAAGUGUCCAAAACUUAUAACAUAUGAUAUGAGGCGCAUACGUGUUAGUAGCUUUGCUAUAAAAGAAGAAAUGGGUUUUAAUUUGGUAGAAACACAAAAUAUCCUUCUUCAAGCACCUAGAGUUUGGAUUAGAGCUAAGUCUAAAGUAUUAAAAACUUUCAUUUAUGCUAACAACAUAAUGAAAUUGUCCCAUGCAAUCAUUAGCAGCCAACCACACAUUUUACUGUGUAGAAAGCUCAGACUUCAACAGAGACAUGAAUUUUUAGUGCAGUUACAGAGAAAUCAAUAUGAUCCUUCAAAACCAUUAUAUGUUUCACCAAUGUCUUUGAUUACUGGUAGUGAUAUUGAUUUUUGUAAAAAUGUUGCACAUGCUUCUAUUGAUACUUAUAAUUUGUUUUUGAAAAAUUAUUAGUAUAUAAGGACAUAAUUAAACAUAGGGACAUAGUUGUAUUAUAAUAAAUAUCUUCCUGUUUAUGCAAUAACA